GGCCCUGACGUUGCUCAAAGCGCACUAUAUAAAACAUCUCUCCACACUGACACUCAGAUGUACAAACACCUCGGUUCUCGCCACAGCCCAACCGUGCAUCAAAAAUCACCCCAGUAGACACUUGAAGCUUUUUAACGGCAGACAUCUGACCCUCCUGAAUGAGCCUGAGAAGAUUCAUCUCUGCUCUCCCGCCUCAGGACCGCCUUCCUCAUCUCUAUAUUUCUCCUACAAGUUGUGCAGCUGAUCCCAGCUCAGUCAGAGGGAGAUUUUGUUGCGGCUGAGAAGACCAAGGACAGUUUGACAUGAGGGGGGACGCUCCACAAAGAGGCAUGAAGACCACAUGUCUGUGGGCUGCCGCUCUGCUGCUGUCAGUCGUCUCUCUGGUGACCAGUGGUGAUUCACCAAGUUCAGGAAAUUCAGCCUUGAGAGAAAGCUCAAAAUCCAAAGUGAAGACCUACUGGACUGAAAGCAGCAAGGCUGUCUCUAUCAGCCGCCUGCUGUCCCACACCCUCUAUGGCAAAGAGAACUUCACGUCUCUGGAUCUGAACUACGACGAGGCGGACUCGUUGUCUAAACAGGAGCAGUGGAACUGGCUUUACAACACUUCAAACCCCCGCGACCCUCGAUCCAGGACAAAACGGAGGCCCAUCGUCAAGACUGGCAAGUUCAAAAAGAUGUUCGGUUGGGGCGACUUCCACUCCAACAUCAAGACGGUGAAGCUCAACCUUCUUAUUACUGGCAAAAUCGUGGAUCACGGUAACGGGACAUUCAGCGUCUACUUUCGCCACAACUCGACUGGUCAGGGCAACGUGUCCGUGGGACUCGUUCCACCGACCAAAGCUGUGGAGUUCCAGGUCCACCAGCAGUACCACCACCAUCACCACCACCACCAGCAGCAGCAGCAGCAGCAGCAGCAGCAGCAGACGGCUCUGGAGACCAAGGACAACAAGCUGUUCAACUGCAGGGUGGAGUACGAGAAGGUGGAGAAGGGAACCAGGAACUCACUGUGUGCCCACGACCCCUCGCAGAGCUGCCCGCAAGAGCAGACCCAGAGCCACGUGUCCUGGUUGUGCUCCAAGCCCUUUAAAGUCAUCUGCAUCUUCAUCACCUUCUACAGCACCGACUACAAGCUGGUGCAGAAGGUGUGUCCAGAUUACAACUACCACAGUGACACCCCCUACCUCCCCACCGGGUGAUCACAUGACCAGUGGAGGACACAAAAAAAAGAAGAAGAUAAAAAAAAAGACGCUGAGACAGGCUGUCGGGUCAUGAGCUAUGUCAGAUUAUUUGAAUGAAAAUGGAGUCAAGACACUUUAAACUUGAGACGUUGACAGGUAUUAUUACAGCUAACAUAUCCUUGACGCAAGACUGAUUUUGCUCCAAUGAACAGACCAACCCCGAGGUCAUUAUGAGAACAUUUAGGGAAGCAUUUAUAGGCUUGCAAUACUCAUAUUAUAUGCAUAGCUGCUUACAUCGAAAGGAAAUUCUCAAGCCAACCGUAAAAAUAUGCUGAUUGUAUUUAUGUAAAUAUUGUGGGUUUCACACAAAGACUAGAAAACAAUUUUAUUAAUGUUUUCUCCUGCUAAUUUAGUUGUUUAUGUUGAUAGUGCAUUUCUGUCUCAAUCAUGCUUUCUGUCUUUUCCAAUCAGUCUCUGGUAAUCAUUGCAAACACGUAAAUGUCAAUGCAAAUAAGAAGAAUCUGUCAGUAUGCAUUAGAGGGCAUAAUGGAAAAAGCAAACAUUUUGAGUGGUGUUGUUUUCUGCAGUGUGAUUGUUAGAGUGAAGAUACAUUUCUGAUAUUGUUGUUGGAAUCUCAUCCAUGUCCAUGCAUGAACCGAAUGUGGUAAACAACUGAAACAUGUCCAUCUGUAUUUUCAUGUUAUUACCGCUGUCAGAAAUAAUUUCAUCAAGUCACAGGAGAAAAAAAAAGAAAAAAAAGUACUUCUAUUUCAAUUUUGUGUUUUGUGUUAGCAGUUUUAAGGGUACUGCAAAUGUCACCAAUGGAGGGCUCCAAUCAGAUCAAACUUAAGCAAGUAAAUGUUGCAAUAAAUAAGUCAAACUUGCAGACGACACAGCACAACAGAGAUACAGAAGAUAAUUUCUUUGCACUGCUCCUUAAAAAUAUUUAAUUAAAUUAAAUUGUGCUCCUGUUUUCAGUCCUGCAUUUUCAUUUUAGACAUGCUCUUAUAUUUGUGACUUACAACAAGUCCAUUAUAAUACGUUUCAACCCCUCCAUCACUAACAUGACAAGCAGACAGCAGUAAGAGGUGUCAGAGACACGGUGCACCUGCAGUUUCCAAAAAUAACUGUACACACUGGAGUAAUUAUUCAUAUAAAAGAAGUGCUGGAUGAUGAGAGAAGAAACAAGGUCAAAAGUGUUUCAAAGUGUUGAAAAAAUAGAUAUUAAAACAAGCAGAAGACAUGGAAGUUCAUCUAAUAAAGGCUGAAACAGAACAAACAGUGUUAAAAUGUGAGAUGUGGUAAAAUGUGUUUCCUGCUCCUGAAGAGCCAGAACAUAUACUAAACAGCAGGUACUAAUCACACAUUCCACCUAUCCAACGUUCGCACCUCUGGUUAUCAAAAAAGAAAUUCUGGAUGAGACUAACACUGGCUGUUAAUGAUAUUGGAUGUUGCAAUUGGCUAUUAAACCUUCAUUACAUAAAUUGGGAGCCAGUGGCUCCACGUGAAGCAUUUAGAGGGAAUGAACACAUUGUAAGUGGGAGCUCUGCAGAGUCAACACCAUAGAAAGAAGGAAUUAAAGUGCCGAUGUAAAAACCUGUAAAAAAAAAAAAAAAACAACACAAAUGUGCACCUAGGGGCGCAAUCACUGCUGUCUAUUUAAAUUCAGUGCUUUGUCACAGUGUACGCUAUGGUAUACGCAGCACAGUAACUGCUAAUGGCAGCCUGGACAACAUCCAAUAUGCCAACAUGGGGUGUAUUUUCUGACAAGGCAGGCCAAAGAAUGGGGGUCUGCCUGUGGGAUGAGUGAGCAUAAAGAGGAAUUUAUGAUGUGGAGGAACAAGGCUGGCAGAAAUCACUGGAAGCACCUGACUCGUAAAUUGAGAGCAUGUUUCUGUCAUCGAGAAGAAGGAAUGACUAAUGUCUCAGAUUGCUGUUUGGGCCAGUUCUUUCAUCUCAAUAAAGUAACUUUGAUAUCCCUCCACCCCUACCCAAAUGUGCCAGGGACAGUUUGUUCAGCUUCAAAGAAUUAAAGCAGCACUU